UCCGGCGACAGAGGUGUGCGGCGGUAGCUGGCUGUCUUUGCAAAAGUAAUUUACAACAGCAAAUAUCCAGCACGUUUAUGAAUUGGACACAUUGUUAAUAAUGAAAUUAUAGUCUAUAUGUAUAGAUUAUAUAAAUAUAAUGUAAAAACAUUAAUUUCCGCAUAACGACAGCGAGACAGCAGGUGGCGGCCGUCAUUCAUGUGAAUACACUCACUCAGACUCAGCCAUGGCCCAGGUGGACAAGAAGGCAGGCUUGCUGAGGAAGUCUUCGGCCUCUAGGAAACCCUUGAAGGAGAAGGUGGUGUUGAUGUAUGAUGAGAUCUUUGGGUUAGAAGAUCCAGCCAAGAACAACCCACGUUUCUGGGAAGAGUUGUUUCUGAUGAAGGUAAACCUGGAAUACCUGGAAGGAAAACUGGAGUCUCUGGAUGGGGAUGAGGUGAUGAAGAUCAAAGACAACAUCAACAGCUUGUUCCACAACUGCAUCCAGGCCCUGGCAGAAGAGCACCAGAUUAAGGUUGUGAAUGCAUUACAGACUCUAUGUGCCUUAUUGCGUGGGGUUCACCAGAGGAAUAAGUCCACCUCUGGCUUUGACAUCAUCAACAUGCUGAUGGGCUUCGACAAAGCUGAGCUGCGCAUGAAGGCCCUGAUGGAGAGUCUCGACGCACAGCUCUGUGGGGAUAGGUCUCACAGCUUGAAGAGCCUCUGCUUCAAACUGCUGCUCUGCCUGGUCACGGUGACUGACAACAUCAGUCAGAACACAAUCCUGGAGUAUGUGAUGAUCAACAGCAUCUUUGAGGCCAUCUUACAGAUCUUGUCCCAUACCCCCAGUCGAAUUCAGCAUGGAUACGAUGCUGUGGUGCUGCUUGUGCUUCUUGUUAACUACCGCAAAUAUGAGUCAGUGAAUCCGUACAUUGUGAAGCUGUCCAUUGUGGAUGAUGAGACAACAUUGAAUGGAAUGGGGCUGGUCAUCUCACAGGCUUUGUCAGAGUACAACAGGCAGUACAAGGAUAAGGAAGAGGAGGCACAAGGAGGCUUCUUCUCUGCCUUCACUAACAUGGUUGGCAGUAUGUUCAUUGCUGAUGCAGAAGAGAAGAUCACAGUGCACACAAAUGAGGCCAUUCUCCUUGCUCUGUAUGAGGCCGUGCAUCUGAACCGAAACUUCAUCACUGUUCUUGCCCAGAGUCAUCCUGAGAUUGACAUUGUGAGCACCCCUUCUGUUGCUGCACCCACCAUGCCCAUUGCACCACUGGGUACCACUCCACCCUCCCUGGACAUGCUGGCCUCACCAGAGCUUCCACUGGACCCCAACCUGCAGACCAGCAACCUGCUCAUCACCUUCUUAAAGUACUCCUCUAUUGUCAUGCAGGACACCAAAGAUGAACACAGACUCAGCAGUGCCAAGCUUUGCCUUAUCAUUCUUACCUGUAUUGCUGAGGACCAAUAUGCUAACUCCUUUCUGCAUGAUGACAACAUGAGCUUUAGGGUAAACCUGCACCGAAUGCCAAUGCGCCAUAGGAAAAAGCUGGCUGAUAAGAGCCUCCCCUCAAGACCACUGGUGUGUGCAGUCCUUGACCUGAUGGUGGAGUUCAUUGUGUCUCACAUGAUGAAGGACUUUCCCAUGGAUCUUUACGUGCGAUGUGUACAGGUGAUCCACAAGCUCAUUUGCUACCAAAAGAAGUGUCGUAUCAGACUGCAUUACACCUGGAGGGAGCUCUGGACAGCUCUUAUUAACCUCCUGAAAUUCCUGCUUUCACAUGAAACCACUCUUCUGGCCAAAUAUAACAUCUUCAAUCUGGCACUCCUGGUAGUGAACCUCUUCAACAUGUUCAUCACCUAUGGAGACACUUUCCUACCUACCCCCAGUAGCUACGACGAGCUGUACUAUGAGAUUGUGAGGAUGCACCAAGUGUUUGACAACCUCUACUGCAUGGUGCUUCGUGUAUCCACCAAUACUGGGCAGUGGAAGGAGCCUGCCAGCAAGGUCACCCACGCACUGGGCAACAUCAGGGCUAUCAUCAACCAUUUCAACCCUAAGAUUGAAUCCUUUGCUGCUGUGAACCACAUCUCUCAGCUAUCAGAAGAUCAGGUUCUGGAGGUGGUACGCUCAAACUAUGACACACUGACCUUGAAAUUGCAAGACGGACUGGACCAGUACGAGCGCUAUUCAGAACAACCCAAAGAGGUGGCCUUCUUCAAAGAACUGGUUCGCUCCAUCAGCCUGAACGUGAGGAAGAACGUCUCUCUCACUACACUCAGCCAGGAUGUCCUGCUAAAGGAAUUUUCAACCAUAUCCUGAGCCAUGACGCCUGGUUAUCCUGCUUUGCCCUGUCAUCAUAAUCCACAUCCUUCUGCCCUGCCCUGUCAAACUCCUUUUAUAAAUCGAGCGCUGUCCUCUGAUUCCAACGUCUUCAGCAACCCUCCUCAGAAGAGGAUGCCAGUAAAUAAUUGUAAGAUGGUGGAGCACAAUUUUGCUGUCUGAAGGACCAGACUUAUUAUGUAAAAUAUUGUUCAUAUAGUGUAGUUCAAUAAUAUAUGAAGUUAAUGAUGAUGUUACUGUUGUCCAGUUUCUAACGUUGUACGUGCCACAUGAAAUUGUAGGUGAAGGUAGUAUUUUGGCCAUUUUUAUGAAGCAAGAGGAGUCUGCACAGUCCUUUCGUAGGCCCUGGUUUGUACAUCUACAUUACAUUAUUAGAGUCUAAUGCAAGCAGGCUCUCCAAACUGUUGGUCCAGGUUAUUUCAUUGUUGUACAUAAGGCGUAUAUUGCAUGAGCACUCAAGAGAAUCAGGGUGUUCCAACAGAUGAGGAGAGCUGGAUAUGAAGACUGUGUCCUGAGUUGUCUUGUGCAGGAUGAUAUGAAGUUUGACACAAUUGCCUGUACUGUGGUGUGGUAUUCCAGCUUAUGUAUACAAGCUGUGCAGGAAUGUCUAACUGAAUAUUAACUUGAAACAAAGCCCCAACACAAGCAUUUCCAAAAUAAUUAGUAUUUAUAGUAUAAUAUUUGCCAAAACGCAUUUUAAUGUGUGUGGCCUUCUAACUUACUUGCACAAAUAUUCCUCCUGUACUGUGUGAUGUGCUAUAAAAUGUACACCAGAGAGUUGUAAACAGAAUUCCCUAUUGACUUAUCUGCUGGCAUUUUCAGCCAAGUACCCCUGGAUCAUCACUGGAACAUGACCUGACUUGGUGCAGCACUUUGCUUCUAGAACCCUGAUUACAUUAUAUCAGAAGUUCAAUGUUCAGCUUUCAAAAUGGCAGAUGUUUAAGGUUCUUACUGUGGUUGGAGUUGCUACAUUUAAGGAUGCCACGGGAUGCUUACAGUUUUCAAUUGUACUUAAAAAAACAGAAGUUUUACUUCUAUGCAAGACAAUGCUUCAGUGUACAAAUUCAACAGGAAAUAGAUGAAAGCAUAAUGCUGAUGGUUAAAGUUUAUUGUUGCUUUUAUAUGUUUUUCUGUUGGAGAUGAACGUCUUGUAAGGUGUGAAAUGUUCCAGGUAUGUGUUUACAUGAAAGAAAUAAUGCUGCUAAGUUUUCUUCAUACCUUCAUGGCAUCCUACUUUUCAUAGAGUUAGAACUUUGAGGCUGAUAUGUGAGGUUGACAGGCUUGGAUCAGGUUGACACUGGGAAGAAGCCUUUAUGUGUAUCAGUUACCUCAGCAUGUCUUUCAGACAUUGGUUUGCUUUUUUGGCACAGAAUCCACUGAAUUAAGGUUUUUUCUUGUUAUAUCCUUUGAUACCCACUCUUGGAAUUUUUAGUAUUAGCUGUGUGUUGAAGAGGGACUGUACUGGUAGUCCAUAACAAAGAUGCCCAUUACCUGGGGCUGUUUCACAAAGAGAUGUUAUCAGAAUUAGCUAGAAAAAGACAACUGUCUAAUAGAAGGAGUUAAUUAGGUUUUUUCUUUGGACAGUCCUGAUAUGUUCUUUCAUGAACGGUCUCUAUAUCUAAAUGCACGUUUAAACUUCUUUAUCUUACAUUUUGUCAGGAUGUUUAUAAGGACUUCAGAUCUGCUUCAAGAGUGAAAAUUUUGUGUUGGCUCAGUAGGUGACUUCAUCAAUAUCAGCCAUUCAGAGACUAUUGAUCACAGUAAAAAUUCUUUAUUCGAUCAUGCGUUUGAUUUGUGUGUCUGUCUUUAGUGUUUUCCAUGAGUUGAAUUUGAGAUGUAAAGUAGCACGUUGUCUCUUGGUCCUGUGGGUGGUUUUUCUGAAAGUAAUCAAGAUAACAAGAUAAUCUCACUUUGUGAGG